ACUUUUUUGACAGUUAAGACAUAUGUCACAUGUCGCAAACGUCAAAUUUUGAGUUUGAAUUUUGGCAGUUUAGACAUAUGUCACAUGUCACAAACGUCAAGUUUUAAGUUUGAAAUUUUUUCACAACCGUCUCUGUUGCGUUGUUUAUUUCUGGUUUGCGAUACUUUUGGACUUUUAUUUGACUUUGCUGCUCUUACGGAUUCUGUUUUGCCCACGAUUGGACUUUCUUACGGAUAUCUUAAUAAACGACAACUAUUGCGCUUUCCCACGGACUCUGUUUUAUGCUCAAGUUUUGGUGUGAACAUGUCCAGGCUGAAAUGCUGUGUACCUGGCUGUGAUGUCGUUGCAGGAAGUGGUAAGUUAGUUUGUAUACUUCAUGAUUGAAAAGGUUUCCAAGACAAUCACAUUUUAAGUUAUGAUAAGUUAUCCAAGCAAACUUUUUUCCAGUGUUACUUAUAGGUUAUAGUAUAGACUCCUACAAGUAUUAACUGAACCUAUAGGUAGCUGGAGGUCUUUCGGUUAAAUUGUCCCUUCCAGUAGCUUAAGGUGUCUGAGAGUAUACAACAAAUUUCUUCCAACCUAACAGUAGGGAAGGAUUUCUUUAUUAAUUAUUGUUUUUGUUCAAGUUCUAUAUUCAUUUUAUUAUUGGCUUUAAGCUUUACUUGAUAAGAACAUUGAAUAUUUUCAGGUACUCUCCUACACACGUUUCCAGAUCCUAAGAAGAACAAUAAGUUGUUUGAGAUUUGGAUAACGAGAAUUGGUGGUGACCUCAAUGAGUUAAAUGUGGAUUAUGUUUACAAGAACAGAAGAGUUUGUCGAAAACAUUUUGUGGAGACAUACCUCUACCCCAAAAAAUUAUGUCCUAUGGCAGUGCCUUCACGUCUUUUACCAAGAGAUGUUGAAGAUGAUAGAAGAAGAAGACCAUUACUGAUUGCUGAACCAAUUAGUAAUAUGCCACUAUUACAUAUGGAUGUACCUAGCACAUCACAAGGUUACAACAUGGACACAACUGAAAGACCUGUAGCUGCUGGUGGAAGAAUGAAGUCACAAUCUCGUCGCCGAUACAAGACUAUGACUGAAAACGAAAAAGCUCUUCUUAAGUUGUCCUCAAAGCUCCAAGCAAGAGUAAGGUUGUUGCAGAAACAGAAAAAUGCCACAAAACAUGAAAUUAAAAUUGUGAAGCAAAUGAAGAAACAAGAUGAGUUCAAAACUGUAUUCGCAGGAUUAAGUGAAGGAGCACAAACAUUUUUUGCAAUGCAAUUAUCGCAAACGGGUAAGAAACUGAAAGGAAGACGUUUCACAACGAAAGAAAAAAUAUUCUGCCUAGCUCUUUAUAAGCGCAGUCCUAAAGCGUACCGCUUUCUGAGCACUUUCUGCAUAUUGCCCAAACGAACAACCCUGCAGAAUCUUUUGCGAUCCGUACCGUUAACUACUGGAAUCAAUGAAAAAAACAUAGUGGAGUUAAGAAAAAGAGUAAAGAAACUACCAAAACGCCACAGAAUUUGCGCUCUUCUAUUUGACGAAAUGGCCCUGGCACCUGGAGUAACCUAUGACAGAAAUAGGGAUGAAAUCAUAGGCUUUAAUGAUGAUGGGAAAAAAAAAGAAGGAGUAAUUUGUGACCAUGCCUUGGUUUUUAUGGUAAGAGGAAUAAUUAAAAAGUUUAAACAGCCAGUAAGCUACACUUUUUGUCGCAGCUCUACAAAAACAAUGAGUUUAAAAGAGCAAAUAAAAGAGGUCAUUGGAGAAAUUCAAAAAACUGGUUUGCGUGUUGUGGCCACUGUUUGUGAUCAGGGAGCCACUAACAGAGCUGCCAUAAACAGUCUUCUAGAAGACACAAGAACCACAUGCAUCAAAGAGGAUAAAGAGUGGUCGGGUGGUUACUUCCAACUGGGUAACAGUAAAAUAUACCCAAUUUACGAUCCUCCACAUUUAUUAAAAGGGAUCAGGAAUAAUUUACUCAAUAAGGAUCUCAUAUUUGAAAUUGAUGGAGAAAAAGGGGUGGCAAAAUGGAGCCAUAUUGAAGAGCUCUAUACCCGUAAACCUGGCUUCGAUGGCCUACGAUUGGUGCCAAAGUUGACUGCUGAGCACGUGAAACCAAAGUUUAUUCCAAAAAUGAGGGUGAAGCAUUGUGCGCAAGUAUUUAGCCGAACGACAUCAGUUGCAUUGGGAUUUUUGGCAGAAUGUGGAAAAUUACCAGAUGAAUGUAAACACACUGCAAGGUUACUUCGUCUUUUUGACGACCUGUUCGAUUCAGUUAAUGGCAGUUAUCACCAGGUAAUGAAUGGAAAAGUGUACAGGGCGGCAGUUACGCCAAAAUCACCACACCACGCACUCUGGAGACGAAGCCUCAAAGUUUUAAAAUCAAUGAAGUUUUGUGACAAAGCCGGCCGUACUGUAUCCGUACCUUCCGUACAGAGUUGGAUUAAAACAAUAGAAAGAAUAGAAAAAUUGUAUCAGCUCUUAAAAUCAAUGGGUAUAGACUCAAUUUUACUGAGAAAUGUAAACCAAGACCCAUUGGAAAACUUUUUUGGAGCUAUUCGGUCACAUGGCCAAAGCAACACAAUGCCCAAUGCUUUCGCAUUUGAAGCCGCCUAUAAGUCUUUAUUGAUAAAUAAUUUAAGUUCUGCCCAUUCUGUUGGGGCGAACUGUGAAAGCGACGGAGUGCAGUGCCUACAGUCAUUAAAAUAUUUAAUAGAAAAACAAAACAAUAAAGAUACCACAAGUAGUUUUGAAAUCAAUGCGGAGCAUAUUAGCAUUGAUGAACUGAAUACAGAUGAAAUGACAGUAGGCACUAGUCGUACCGAGGUGGAAAGGACGGCAGCGAUUGCUUAUUGCAGUGGGUGGCUAGUGACCAGGGUCCAAAAAUGUUGUUUUAAGAGCUGUCCAACAUGUAAAAAAGAUUUUGUAAGUGAAGAAAGACAAAAUUUUCACAAAAACAUUGAAUGCAGGGAAUAUGAGAACAAAGGCUGGCUUUGUUACCCCACAAGAGAGGUGUUUGAUUGUUUUUUACAGCUGGAAAACAUUAUUAACAUCGUGCUGUCAGAUAAAUGUCACAUAAAAAAUAUAUCAAAUUAUAUAAAAGUGAUAAUUGAAACCAAUGUUGAUUUUAAUUUCAUUUCUUGUGGGGAACACAAAACAAUUAACAUUGAUUUUAUAAUAAAUAAAUCAAUUAAAUUUUUCAUUCAUACCUGGUGUACCACCGUUAACCAGAUUUUAACAGGCAAACUGUCCUGUUUUAACGAAAACGAUAAAAUUAAGAAAAGUGCUUUCGAGUAUUAUUUAAAAAAUAAAAGACGUAAAAAUUACAUAUUGUUUUAUUUAUUCAUAAAAAUCAUUUUUUCAGUUUGUUAUCUGAAAUAAGACUGCAUAAUUAAUGUCUGUUUUAUGUUCAAUCUGCUAGAUUAUAUUAUUUUCUCCUUCUGGUAAGGAAAUCUGUCAGCAGAUUGAAUAAAAAACAGGCAUUGAUAGAACAGCUAUACAAUACAGGUUACCUACCUACCUAUAC